AUGCCCAAGAUGGAAAAAACUGCGCUCCAGAAUGAUUCCAAUGAAGCAGAGAGUGGAGCCCAUAAGCCUGAAACACCAGAGCAGACCCAAGAAAACCAGAGCUCCUGUUUAGAUGACCACUCUGCUGCAAGCCGACCUGAAGUACGUUCUGUCACGGAUCUGAUAGAGACAGUUAACGAAAUUUCUAAGCUUAGCAUUGCUCAUGAAAUCGUGGUAAAUCAAGAUUUUUACAUGGAAGACAGUGUAUUACCUCCCAACAGUCUGGAAGGCAGGAUUAUGGAGACAAUGUACAAGGCUUUUUGGGACCAUCUGAAAGUCCAGCUAUCAAGUACUCCAGCUGACUUCACUGCUGCACUUGAACUCCUAAAAGAAGUUAAGGAGAUAUUGCUAUCACUGCUGUUGCCACGCCAGAACAGCCUAAGAAAUGAGAUUGAAGAAGCCCUGGACAUAGAUCUCCUCAAGCAGGAAGCAGAGCAUGGGGCCCUGGAUGUCCCUCAUCUCUCCAAGUACAUUCUUAAUUUGAUGACCCUGCUGUGUGCACCAGUCCGAGAUGAAGCAGUGCGAAAACUAGAGAGCAUAACAGAUCCUGUGCAGUUACUGAGGGGCAUCUUCCAUGUUCUGGGCCUGAUGAAAAUGGACAUGGUGAACUAUACUAUACAGAGCCUCCGACCCUACCUGAAGGAACACUCUAUCCAGUAUGAACGAGCUAAAUUCCAGGAACUCCUCAACAAGCAACCCAAUCUCCUUGAUUGCACCACAAAAUGGCUCACCAAAACAGCUCUAGACCUCACUACACCACCUUCAAGUUCUCCUGACUCUCCCAGCUCCUCCAGGAUGGCCCAUUCAUCUCCAAAUUGGGCAGUGGACAACCCACAACUUCCCAGUUCCACAAUGGUGCUAUACCAGGGUUACCUGAACCUUCUUCUCUGGGAUCUUGACAGUAAAGAGUUUCCUGAGACUAUGCUAAUGGAUAAAAUCCGGCUGCAAGACAUGGAGUCCCAGUUGAAGCAGUUGGCCAUUCUGGCCUCAGUCUUGCUAGUGGCCAGAAGUUUCUCUGGUAGUGCUUUAUUCAGUUCGACUGAAUUUGUGAAUAAACUGAAACGCAUAAUCAAGGCCCUGGUGGAGGAAUUUAACUCCAGGCCUGAAGAGGCUAUGGUGAAUGUGAGUGAACACGUGUCUCAGAAAAUCCAUGAACACCUCAAAGACAUGGGCCUAACUGCCCUGAGUAGUGAAAAGAAAGCCUCUCUUAGAGGCCAACUUCGGAACAUCGCCAAGAAAGACAACCGUGUUCGUAGCAUCAUUGAUCAGCGGAUCCACUUGUUUCUCAAAGGCUGUUUGGUUCGUGGGAUGCAGGAGUCUCUGCUAGACUUCCCUGUUGGCCUUAUUUUCAUCAAGGAGGAGUUGACAAAACUGGGUUGGAAGUUUUUCAAUCUGAUGCGUCACAAUCAGCAGGUAUUUAGCCCCUAUUAUGAUGAAAUCCUUAAAGAUGUCAUCCCUCCAGCUCCAGCACAAGAAACAGAAAUGGAGUCUAUCUGA